GCAGGAAGGGUGGGGAGCCGGCGGGAGGAAGCGAGGGGCGCCCGGAGGGGAGCGAGCAGAGGCCGGGCCGUGCCGCCCCGCCAGGCGCCGUCAUUCCGCUGCUCGGGGCGCCGCCACCGCCGCCGCCGCGCCCGGGGGCCAUGGUCCCGCCGCCGCCGCGCCAGCCGCCGCCCCCGGCGCGCUCGGGCCGCGGCGCCGUGAGCCUGCAGCGCGCCUUCCUGCGCGGCCCGCUGGGCGUGCUGCGGCUGCUGCAGCUGCUGGCCGGCGCCGCCUUCUGGGUCACCAUCGCCACCAGCAGGUACCAGGGCCCCGUGCACUUCGCGCUCUUCGUGUCCGUCUUCUUCUGGCUGCUCACCCUGGGCCUCUACUUCCUCACGCUGCUGGGCAAGCACGAGCUGGUGCCCGUGCUGGGCUCGCGCUGGCUCGUGGUCAACGUGGCGCACGACCUGCUGGCGGCCGCGCUCUACGGCGCCGCCACGGCUAUCAUGAUCGACCAGACGCACCAGCACAGCUACUGCAACAUCAAGGAUUACCAGCUGGCCUGCGCCUACCGCGCCUUCCUGGCGGCCGCCGUGUGCGGCGGCCUCUGCCUGGGCCUCUACCUGCUGUCGGCCUUCUACGGCUGCUGCCGCCGCUGCCAGGGGGAGCAGGAGGUGGUGUGAGGCCGCCGCGCCGCGGGGC